UCGCUUACGUUUAUAUAAUGCUCGACCCGGGAAAGUGAGACCAUUGAAUCGUCGACUGUCAAAGAGGUACGCGUUCCUCGACACAUCAUCAACGACAACAUGAAGCUCUGCCUGUCUGUUUUUCUCGUCGCCCUCGUGGCCGUCCUGCUGUUCUCCAUCGAGUAUACAAACGCAAACAACAUAUGUCCUGAAGAGAAUUGCCUUGAACCGAGGAAAUGUGAGGAUUGGGUAGUUGGUGCUACGUGUCCACAAUCAGGUGACACAUGUUGCAGCGUGGUGAAAUCGGAAUAUAGGACUCAUUGCCGGCACUUCGGAGGCGAAUGCUUAGACUACUGUAACCAGUUACUGCGUCAAGCAGCGGUCGAUUGUCCAGCUAACAAAGACUGCUGCACGUUAGUUUAAUCGAUCAGGAGGGGAAAAACAGGCAACAACAAAAGGCCUGUCCAACGUCUGGAUCGUAGUGUUAAUGUAAGCGAUUAGUUUCGACAUCAGCUGCGGCUCGUAUCUGAUGCGAACGUAAUAUCACGCGAUGUGACGCAUCUGUUCCGUAGAACGGUAGAAAACCGACUUAAUUGGUUUUACAAUUACAACGGUAAAUGCGUGGCGUGUGGGCUAAGCCCGUAUAACGAAUGAAAAAUGGCGUACGCCGCGUGAUAAUUGCGAAUACGCGGCCUGUCGCACAGAUGUGGCACUCGUCUGCGUGAAAUUAGUGCAAAUGUGAAAACGUUGGCUCUCAUACGUCGUAAAUGUUCGCGGUGACUCGAUGCAUUCGUUUCAACGCCGAGAGAAGACUAUAACAUGUAAAACGCUACAUGGUCACGAGGAGGAAAAGUGUUUAUAAUAAAAUAUUCGUAUCUGACAGACAA